AUGCUGCCUCUCGGGCUCCUCACGGCCGCCCAAGGCCACCCGAUGCUCGUGGAACUGAAGAACGGCGAGACAUUGAACGGCCACCUCGCCAAUUGCGACAACUGGAUGAACCUCAUACUCAAGGAAGUCGUCCAAACUAGCCCUGAGGGUGACCGGUUCUUCAAGCUGCCCGAGGUCUACAUCAGAGGAAACAACAUCAAAUAUCUGCGGAUCCCCGAAGAAAUCGUCGAAAUGGUCAGAGAGCAGCAGCAGAACCAACCAUCCGGCCGCAGUCGCGGCGGCCACCGCGGCGACAGAGGUGACCGGGGUGGUCGUGGUGGGCGUGGUCGCGGACGGGGCCGCGGCCGAGGCGGGAACUAG